GGCAGCGACGGCUGAGGUGGUUGCAGAGGCCACUGAGGCGCUGACUGAGUGGCCGGCAGGCGCCUGUAGCCUCGAGCAGCCCCUUCGUGCCGCCCGACACUCCCCGGGCAGCGGUGGGCCGCGGUGCGCAGCCUGCCAGGGAGCUGCGGCGGGCACGCCCCGGCGGCGGCGACAGCGGACAGGUUAGAGUGGGGGCAGGGACGGUCGCGGGAGCAGCAGGGGGCCGGAGAGGGAGCCAGAGCCAGGCCAUCUCCAACCAUGUCCGACGAAGCGUCAGCCACCACUUCGUACGAGAAGUUUCUAACCCCCGAGGAGCCCUUCCCGCUUUUGGGACCCCCUCGUGGGGUGGGCACCUGCCCGAGCGAGGAGCCGGGCUGCCUGGACAUCAGCGACUUCGGCUGCCAGCUCUCGUCUUGCCAUCGCACGGAUCCGCUCCACCGCUUCCACACCAACAGGUGGAACUUAACUUCCUGUGGAACAAGUGUGGCCAGCUCAGAAUGCAGUGAGGAGCUGUUUUCAUCAGUUUCUGUUGGAGAUCAAGAUGAUUGCUAUUCCCUAUUAGAUGAUCAGGACUUCACGUCUUUUGAUUUAUUCCCUGAGGGGAGUGUCUGCAGUGAUGUCUCUUCUUCUAUUAGCACAUACUGGGAUUGGUCAGAUAGCGAAUUUGAAUGGCAGUUACCAGGCAGUGACAUUGCCAGUGGAAGUGAUGUACUUUCUGAUGUCAUACCCAGUAUUCCAAGUUCACCUUGCCUGCUUCCUAAAAAGAAAAACAAGCACCGGAAUUUAGAUGAACUUCCUUGGAGUGCAAUGACAAAUGAUGAACAGGUGGAAUAUAUCGAGUAUCUGAGUCGUAAAGUCAGUACUGAGAUGGGUCUUCGGGAGCAACUUGAUAUUAUUAAAAUAAUUGAUCCUUCUGCUCAAAUCUCCCCUACAGACAGUGAGUUUAUUAUUGAACUUAACUGUCUCACAGAUGAAAAACUGAAGCAGGUCAGAAACUAUAUCAAGGAGCAUAGCCCUCGCCUACGGGCUGCAAGAGAGGCCUGGAAGAGAAGCAACUUUAGUUGCGCAAGCACCAGUGGAGUGAGCGGUGCCAGUGCCAGUGCCAGCAGCAGCAGUGCCAGCAUGGUCAGUUCUGCAAGCAGCAGUGGGUCCAGUGUUGGAAACUCUGCUUCAAACUCCAGUGCCAACAUGAGUCGAGCACACAGUGACAGCAACUUGUCUGCAAGUGCAGCAGAGCGGAUUCGGGAUUCAAAAAAGCGAUCCAAGCAGCGGAAGUUACAGCAGAAGGCCUUACGCAAGAGGCAGCUGAAAGAGCAGAGGCAGGCUCGGAAGGAGAGGCUCAGUGGGCUAUUCCUUAAUGAAGAAGUGCUGUCCUUGAAAGUGACUGAGGAAGACCACGAAGCAGAUGUAGAUGUUUUGAUGUAAUAAGGGUGAAUUUAUCAGCAUUCUUUCUAAGCAUUAUUCUAUCUUUAUUUGUUUACAUGCAUCUUGACCAAACUUUUGUUGGUUAGGGCUGUGCUGAUGUACUAUUCAUAAUUUAGGUCUGUGGUUCUCAGCAGGUGGUCCUCAGACCAGCAGCUUCAGCAUCAGCUGAGAAGUUAUUAGAAAUGCAUACUCUUGGGCCCCACCCCAGACCUAGUGAAUCAGAAAUGCUGUGGGAGGGGCCUAGCAUUGUGUUUUAACAGGCACCAGGUUAUUCUGCCACACACUCUAGUUUUAAGAACCACUGAUUUAGUAAAUGUUUUGACUAUUUAAACUUCAGGGUGGUUAAGUGGGCUUUUUCAAAGACUAGUACUUUUAUAGUUUAGAAGACUUUAAGGUACUGCUGACAAAUAGUUUAUUAUAUCAGUAUACAUAUGUAGAGAUCAUAAUUCAGUUUCCUUCUUAAUGUUAUGAUUUCUUAGUUUAGUUUUUCUAAAGGGCCAUAGCAUAAUUCUCAAUUCCUAGUGGACAUCUGUUUUCCAGGUUGGGGUAGGGUAUGGAUUGCUGUUUACAAUAGUGCCUUCAUUAGGUUUAGUUCUAUCUGUUUUCAUUCAUUAUUAACUCAAA